GGGAAGGGGAGGGACUCCCUCGCCUCCAAGCACGCAAGCCGGAGCACUGCCUCCAAGGAGGAGGAAGAGCUUGUCCACAAAGUCCUGGCAUUUCACGGGCUCCAGUUUUUGCUCCGGGAUAGCUCUGCUUCGCGGCUCGCCGGGAAGAACGAGCCCUCUGUUCCUUCCCCACCGCAGCCGGACAUGAACGCAGGGACAGACUUAGGGGCGCUGAGGCAGAAAUCUGAUUUCUGGAGCAAAUGAAGAGACUAUUCCUCUUUCCAAUCUACUGCUUUUCGGACGAUUUUACACCAUGCAUCAGCAAGCUGGGGAAAGGAAAGAGGCAGAGAGCACAAACCAGCCAAGGACAACAGAGGAGAAAGGAAAAAAACCAGUGGAAGCAGCUCCUGAUGGAGGGUGGGCAUGGGGAGUGGUGCUUCACUUCUUUCUGGUGAACGUGCUCCUGAUGGGAAUGCUCAAAACCUUUGGAAUUUUCUUUGUGGUCUUCCAAGAGAAGGUGGGAGGCUCCUCCGAGCAGAUCAGCUGGAUCGGCUCCAUCAUGUCCUCUCUGCGCUUCCUGGGAGCCCCGGUGGUUGCCGUCGUCUGUGGGAAGCUGGGCGAACGGCUGACCUCCAUCGUGGGGGCUGGCCUGGUCGCCGGUGGCUGUCUGAUCAGCACGCAGGCCACCAGCGUCCCCUUCCUCUGCGUCUCCAUGGGACUCCUCUCGGGUAUGGGCUUCUCCUGCCUUUACCAGGCGGCUGCUGUGAUGAUGGCCAAACGCUGUAGGAAGCGACUGGCUUUUUCCAGCGCGAUCGCCCGCUCGGGAAUGGGGCUGACAUUUCUCCUCGCGCCCUUCACUCAGCUGCUCAUCGAUUUUUACGGGUGGCAAGGUACUCUCCUGAUAUUCGGAGGCAUCAUGCUAAACCUAGUGCCGUCCAGUAUGUUGCUGCGGCCCGUGAGCACCCAGCUGCCUCAGCCCUCGCCUGCUAAAAACGAAGAGCCAAGGAAGGAUUCGGAGACCCACGUCGGACGCUUGGAUGAAACCACCAGCAGGAAAACACAGCUUCAAAGUACACAGGAUGUCCCCACCACCGAGGGACUCCCAACGCCCCGGAGCGCAGGCUCCUUGGCCGCCGGAGGGCUCGAGAAACCGCCGGCGGACAGCCGCUCGCCCAAAACAGCCAACGAUGCCCAGCGGAGCUACAAAUGUUUGCCACAAGCUAGAAAAGAAAACGCACAGCCUUGCCUCGACUUCUCCCCGCUGAAGGAUCCCGUCUUCUACAUUUUCACGUGGUCUUUUUUGUUCAGCCAGCUGGCCUACUUUGUUCCUACCUUCCACCUGGUCGCCAGAGCCCGGACGCUGGGCAUAAGCAGCAUGGACGCCUCUUACCUCGUUUCAGUGGCUGGCAUCACGGAGAUGGUCAGCCAGCUGCUCUCCGGCUGGAUUGCCGACCAGAACUGGACCAAGAAGUACCACUACCACGUGACUUACCUCGUGCUGUGCGGCAUCACGAACCUGCUCUGUCCCCUGGCCACGACGUUCCCGUUACUCAUGGCCUACGUGGUAGCCUUCGCCAUUUUCUGCGGUGGAUUCCUGGCUCUGGUGCUCCCUGUGCUGGUAGAUCUAGUUGGUGUACAAAAACUCCACAGCUACUUGGGAUUUUCUGCCUUCUUUGCUGGGAUAGCAGCCAUCGGCGGGCCCCCUCUAACAGGGUGGCUGUAUGACUACACACAGACAUAUGUCUGUUCUUUCCUCUUUGCUGGAGCCUGCGCUCUCAUCUCACCUAUUUCCUUCUUCUUUGAGCCUUUGGCCCAGAAAUGGAAGCUAAAAAAAGACAACCUCAACAAAGUUACCACGCUUGGCUGAAGAGAUCCUGCCGCAAUGGAAGUUUUAAAGGGUUACCUCUGACUUGCAUCCACGAUCAGAAAGCGAUCGCUAGGCCUUCUGCACUGGGCAAUAAAAACAGUGGCGAAAAUUAAAAUUUGUAGAUGUCAGAUUAAAAGUUAGUACACCUA